AUGCGGAAAGAUGUCAAGGAGGUCUAUGGUCACAUGACCUGUGCCACAGACACUCAAAACGUUAAAUUUGUGUUCGAUGCGGUAACUGAUAUCAUCAUCAAAGAGACACUGAAAGAUUGUGGACUGUUUUAA